AUGGCUCUCACUGGAUUCACUUCGGCCACGGCGGCUCUCAUGCAAGUGCUUGUGUUGGCGAGCAUAGCAACAGCAGCCUCACCCAAGCCUCAGGGCUUCGGCCAGCGACCGGCCCCAUGGAUCCAAUACGACGUACCAAGCGAGUUUGUGAAUCCAACCGGCCUCGCCCGGCCAACGUUCCGAUAUUGGGUACCGGAUGCCGAUGUCGACGAUGACGUUCUCUACGCGGACCUCAAGACCAUCCACGAUUCGGGAUGGGGUAGUGUAGAGGUGAUCUGCCUAGAGAACUACGGCAUCGAGCUGGCGGUAGUCGACCCGGCCGAAUAUGGCUACGGAGGACUCAACUGGACCAGACGCUUCGAGACCAUGCUCCGGGCAGCCGAGGACCUCAACAUGACUGUCGAUUUCGCCCUGGGACCGACACAGGGCGCGUCCAUCCCCAUCUUGGACCCCGACUCGGAAGGCAUGAACACGGAGCUGGCCUACGGCAACGUGAGCAUCUCUUCUGGCUCGACAUUCAGCGGCGCCCUGCCUCCCCCUGGACAUACCUUUGCGGGAUAUGCGAAUGCCCCAGAUUUCUACCCGCCCUUUCAGAAUUAUACAAACAAGUUUGUCGCCGCUGUCGUCGCCAGGAAAAGUACAGUGCCCUCCCAAGAUCCUAGAGUUACGGGACUGGAUUUCGAUAGCAUCCAGGACGUGACCUCACUGGUACAAAAUGGAAGCAUAACGUGGACUGCGCCCACUGAUGGCGGUGAUGAAUACGUCCUCUUCACAUUCUAUCAGAGGCGAACAGGAUAUCUUGCUGCCCAAGGCGCCUUCAACAACGCCACGAAUCCCGACAACCCAGCUUCUUGGUUCGCCUACGUAGUCGACCACUUCAGCCAAGCUGGGACGGACCUCUGGACUGGCUUUACGGAGGAGUAUGUCAUGAACGGCGCGAAUGGUGACCUGAUCCAACAGUUGGGCUUGUACGCAUGGGAGGACUCAGCCGAGUUCACAGCCACCCUGUUCUGGACAGACGGCUUCCUCAACUUCUUCAAUCAAUCUCGAGGUUAUGACCUCGUCCCAUUCCUGCCUAUCCUGUUUGGUACAACGGACUUACCUCCCAGCACGCUGGCGGACGCGUACUUCUACUUCUCCUUCGAUAGCGGGCGCGUGAACGGCACGGCUAUUGACUGGAAGGUUCGGAAUGACUUCUAUCAGGCCCUCCAGGAGCUGUACGAGACAUACCACCUGGAAGGUCUGUCCAUCUGGUCCUCAAAAUGGGGCCUACAGGGCAGCCUCCAGCCAUACGCAACAGCACCCAUCCUCGCACCGCCGUGGGACAUGGUCAGCGCCGCUGCACACAUCGACGCUCCCGAGACCGAGUCCAACUACUUCGAUGGCGUGAUCGACGCCUUCAGGGCCAUGGGCGGAGGUGCGAUGAUGGGCCAGAAGCAGAUCUUCAGCUCUGAGCUGGGGGCCCACCGGUACUUCGCGUACGCGGCAACGUGGCCGCUGAUUCUCAACGACUGCGCCAUCAAUUAUGCUGGCGGGGUCAACAGGAUCGUUACGCACGGAUUCCCGUACUCUGGGUACCGGCCUGAGGUCGAGUGGCCCGGCCUCACUACAUUUGAGUGGACGUACAGCGAGAUGUGGGGGCCGAGACAGCCCAGCUGGGCGUAUGUGCGGGAGAUGGCGGACUGGAUCGCGAGGACACAGUUGAUUUUGCAGACUGGAGUGCCCCGGGUCGAUGUUGGGAUAUACAGGCACAAGUACCUCUCCGUCGACAUCAAGCAUUACGGAAUGGGUGAAAAUAUCUUUGGCGAUCGAUCACUACAGGAUGCCGGAUAUUCAUAUGUAUCCGUCAGCCCUUCGUUGCUCACGAGAGACAACGCUAUUAUCACAAACGGAACAUUGGCAGAGGAUGGUCCAGCAUUUUCGGCAUUUAUCGUCGACAACUCCACGAAUAUCACCACCGGUGCUGUGACACGACUUCUCGAAUACGCCGAGCAGGGCUUUGCGAUCCUUUUCGUGGGCGGUGUGCCAGAGACCAGCCCCUACUACUCGGCUGCAGCCGAUCUGCAAAUCAAGCAAGAUGUGCAGAAGUUACUUACAUACUCAACCGUGAAGAACCUCAGCUCGGAGGCCGACGUCGUCGGGGCCCUCAAAGAACUUGAUAUCUCGCCUGCCGCGGAGAAUUUGUCUCCAUGUCCCAUUCUAUACACGCACAGGUGGGAUGCUGAAAAUGUAGUUGAUUACUACUGGGUCUAUAACUCCGAUCUCAACGCCAGCCAUGCCACCGAAGCCUCCCUCAGAGGAAGCGGAAUCCCAUAUGCCCUCGACGCGUGGAAGGGCACCAUCAGCCCGAUCCUAAAUUACACCACGACGGGUGGACGCUUCAACCUGUGGUUUGAUCUCAAGUCCAAUCAAAGCACCAUCGUCGCUUUUGCGCCUGAGGGUUUCUUCGCAGACGUCACGGUUCCAGCUGUCCACGUCAUCCAAUCGGAUGUCGAGUUUUUUAACUCCUCUUCCGAUGGAGACUAUCUCAUUGCCAAAUCGAGCCGCAACUCCUCGCAGUCCAUCAAUCUCAGCGACGGCCGGAAUCUGACAUUCAGCAGUACCGCCUCCUCCUCUUCCUCCUCUUUGUCUCCGCCUUUCGACAUUGGCCCCUGGAACCUCACCGUGCAGGAUUGGCAACCAGGGCCUGAGCCCUGGACGAAUUACUCGUCUGUGUUCACGUUUCACCACCUUACCCUGGAGGAGCUCAUCCCCUGGUACAACAUCACUGGUCUGCAGAACACAUCGGGCAUCGGCACAUAUACGGCGCAAUUUGCGUGGACUCCGACCAACGUCACUGCUGGGGCCUUUCUCAACCUUGGACCGGUACUGAAUGCUGUCAGAGUGUUUGUGAAUGACCAGUGGACGGGACCUGUGGAUGUCACGAACGCUUUUGUCGAUAUUGGCUCGUACUUGGUCCGAGGGACUAAUUCUAUCAGAAUCGAGGCGCCCUCGACGCUGAGGAACAGGCUUCUCCAGGUAAAUGUUACGCAGUCUUGGGAAGAGGCUGAGUAUUCUACCAAGUAUGGAGGGCAGCCGUAUGGUCUGAUUGCUCCAGUGACCGUCAUACCUUAUAAGGAGUUGAGAAUACAGGCUUAG